AUGCAUACAUAAAAUAAUUUUAUGUACAAUUCAUAAGGUUAUAUGUAUCCUUAAUAAUAUAUGUAUCCACAUCCACAUCCACCUCCAAAUUAUGUUUUCCCAUAAUAAAUACAACCUCCUUAAUUUUAUUAUAUGAAUCCAUAAAAUCCAGCUAUGUAUUAAUAUAAUAUUGGAUAAUAACAAUAACAAUAAUAAAGAAUCAAAUGUAAUCAACCUAAAACAAAAGAAUAAGAACUUAAAUAAUAAAAACAAUAAGUAGUUAAAUAACAAUCAAAUCAAAAUAUUUAAUAGUAGAUAGAAAUGUAGAAAACAAACUUAAAGAUUUUAACUGAAUAAUAAAUUAGAGAUUAAGUAGGAUCUAUUACAAAAUAAGGAUUUUGUCAUUAUUGUAAUAAGAAUGGAAAAAUGUGUUAUUAUUGUUUCAGCAAUUAUCGAUCAACAGAUUGCAGACAUGGAUUUUGUUUUGAUUGUUUGAUGUUUAAAUUUAAGGUAUAAAUUUACAUUAAAUUAAAUAGAUCAAUCCAAUAAAGAUAUUACUUAGACCAGAUUGGAGUUGUCCUAUUAAAUGCAAAUAAUGUAAUUGUAGUCGAUGCACAAGUUUAAAUUAAAUGGAUUCAGAUUAAUUCAUUUCUAAUGAUUCUGUUGAGAGUUGCAAUAAAUAUGCUCAUAUUAUAGAGAAUACUAAAAAAAUAAAGAAGUAAUAUUAAAAGAAGAAAAACAUUAUAAGAGAGAUGUUUUAAGUAAAAUUUUAGCAAUUAGAUCCAAAAAAGAAAAAAUAAUAAUAGGUAAAUCAUUGGAAUAAAGGUAGUCAAUGAAGAAGACUCUAUUACUUAAUAAGAUUAAGAAGUAGAUGUAAUUUUCAUAGGAAUGCAUUUUGAAAUUGAAAUAGAAACAUAUCUAAAAUGAUGAAUAAAUAUUACAUUAAGUUGUAAGAUAUAACUUUAGUUCUUUGAUUGAUUUAUUUAAGGAAUAUAAAUCAGCUUGA